CAAGAAGAAGAAGAAGAAGAAGAAGAAGAAGAAGAAGAUCAUCCAUGUGUGACUUCUAGGUGGCCUCUGCUCGGUGACAGUUUGCACAUUAAACAGCGACUUUCCUCCAAGCCGGCUUAUAAUGGCUCAGAUGUUCCUGAAGAAGUUCCGCUCUUCUUACAGUUCGCUGACAUGCGCAUCUCUCCUAAGUUCCCUACCAAAGGUCCUCGCUGCGCCGGCUUCCUUCCUCCACAGCCACGCAGCCCAGCUGAGCUCCAACCGGACGUCGGUGGUCCGCUGCGGACGUCAGAGGUAUGAGCGCCAGUACCCGGUGCUGCUGGUCCGGCCGGACGGCUCCGCAGUUUCCAUCAGAUACCCGGAGCCCAGGCGGCUCCUCCUGAUGCCGGUAAACCUGUCCACUUUGUCCAACGAAGAACGCCGCGCUCGCCAGAAAAGGAGGGAAGUGAAGAAGACCAAAACACAGACAGUAGAUCUUUAUGAAGAUGACUUUAAGAUGGACAACUACAGCCACUUAUGGGAAAAAAAAUGACUUCUGUAUUCAGUGAUGUAAGAUGAGACUAAAAUGUUGAAAUUGUUUUACAUGAAAGGGCAUGCUUUUAUGUUAUAGAAGAUUUGUCAGCAUUGCUGCCAUCUAGUGCCUGAAACCAUACGGCAAUUUGUAUCUGGUUUGGGCAUUUAGAAAGGAUUUGUUGGAUACUAUAAACUCUGCUGCUGAUCAUCAGGUUUCAUAUUAUUCUGCUCAACAAGCUGGGCUUGCAACUCCCUCUUACUCCAUACAAACACCAUAUGGUUGAGUUGCUGUAAUUAAACUGGCAGCAUGCAGCUCGAUGGUAGCAGAUCUAUGCUUUUGGCAGCCAGUCAAUAUCAUGUAUAAGCUCAGUUUCACAUUUCAGUUUUUAAAGGGGCUGUUUGUGUAGAUCUUCAUUCAGACAUUGAAAUUAGCAGAUCAGAUUCAUAUAAAGGUGUUUUAUGCCGUAUGAUGAGGAACAACAUUAUGUACUACCACUGAUCAAUAUCAAAUGUCAAAAUGUGAUGAAUUUUGUGGUUUUUACCAAAUUGUGCGUUACAAUGUCUGAGCUGAUUAAAGUGCAGGUUCUAUGCUGUUU